AUGCGCGACGGCGUGACGCUCUACGCCGAUGUGUACCGUCCGGACACUUCGGAUCCGGUGCCCGUGCUUUUGCAACGCACUCCCUACGACAAGGCACAGUCCCGUACGGGCAGCCUCGACGUAAUGCGCGCGGCGUCCCACGGCUAUGCGGUGGUUAUCCAGGACACCCGUGGUCGCUACACCUCCGAGGGCGAGUUCUACCCCUUCCUGGAUGAACCCGACGACGGUUACGAUACCGUGCAAUGGUGCGCCGACCAACCCUGGAGCACCGGCAAGACGGGCAUGUUCGGGCGUUCCUACGUGGGAGCCACCCAGUGGCUUUGCGCUAUCACCAACCCGCCGGCCCUCACGACCAUCUCCCCGGGUAUCACCGCCUCUGACUACUACGAGGGCUGGACCUAUCAGGGCGGCGCGUUGGCCUGGGGGUUUGCCCUUUCGUGGACGAUGCGACAAUUGACCAUGGCCAACCUCGGCGCAAUCAGCAGCCGCCACGACGUCCCCGAAGGCGCCCGCGCCGGGCUCCUGGAAGCAUUCAACCAGCUGGACUGCACCAUGCGUCAACAACCCAUCGUGGAGCUGCCGCACCUCAAAGCACCGCUGGCGGACUAUUUCUACGACUGGAUUCGGCACUCGUCCAGCGACGAAUACUGGAAGCGCUGGCGCAUCGAGGACCACUAUCCGCACAUCACCACGCCGGCGCUGCAUGUGGGCGGGUGGCACGAUAUUUUCCUGUUGGGCACCCUCCGCAAUUUCGUUGACGCCACCGCACGCGCCGGACAGCGCCUAAUUGUUGGUCCCUGGCACCACGGCCCGUUUGCCGAAAUGUCGGGCGACUACUUCUUUGGUCUGGGCGCUUCCGGGCCGGCCAUCGACACCGACGGCGUGCAGCUGCGGUGGUUCGAUUACUGGCUAAAGGGCGAGCAGAACGGCGCCGAAGCCGAUCCUCCGGUUCGUAUCUUCGUCAUGGGUGACAACCGUUGGCGCGACGAACAGGAAUGGCCGUUGACUCGAACCCGGUUCACCGACUACUACCUGCACAGCGGCGGUCGGGCCAAUACCGCGGCUGGCGAUGGCGUGCUGUCCACCGAUGCCGCGGGUGAAGAAUCGCCCGACGUGUUCCUGUAUGAUCCCCGCGAUCCGGUUCCAACCCGAGGCGGCCCGCUGUGCUGUGGCCCGUCUUUCGUUCCCGGCGGCGCAUACGACCAGCAGGAGUUGGAAGGUCGCAGCGACGUGCUCUGCUACACGACACCGACGCUCACGACCGAUGUCGAGGUUACCGGCCCGGUAACCCUUACGCUGCACGCCGCGACCUCUGCUGCCGAUACCGAUUUCACUGCCAAGCUGGUGGAUGUGGACCCGUGCGGCUCGGCGCGCAACCUUACCGAUGGCAUCAUCCGCGCGCGAUACCGCAGCGGCACCGAUGCGUCCCGCCCCGUAACGCCCGGCGUAGCCCACGAGUACAACAUUGACCUGGUGGCCACCAGCAACGUGUUCAAAGCCGGACAUCGCAUCCGUCUGGAGAUCAGCAGCAGCAACUUCCCGCGGUUCGACCGCAACUUCAACACCGGGGCCGAUCCCUGGGCCUCCACCGACAGCGUGCCGGCCGUGCAAACCAUUCAUCACAACGGGCAAUUUCCGUCGCGCUUGCGCUUGCCCGUUAUUCCCGCCUGA